AUGUCGUCCUCUUCGUCACGCGUCCAGCCGAACGCAGACAUCUCGGCUUCGGCCGUAGACGUCUCGGCUUCGACUCCGGGCGCAGACCCAGGACCAGCCGCUCCAGCUUCGGCUUCAGCUUCACGCGCGAGCGGUGCAUCGAAGCGUGCAUCGGCAGCUGGCAAGCCCGCUGCGUCCAAGAAAGCGCGCACCUCGACCGGUUCGCGACGCCCCACCACCGACUCGAACCGCAACCUGACAUUCGACAGCAAAAACACCCUCCCCUACAGAGUGCUCGAUUCGACCAACACCGAGCUGCUGUGCAUCUGCAUCCACUGGAUCCCCGACCGUCGCAAGGAUGCAAAGAUCAUGCACACCGUCUGGACCAAAGUCCUUCCGGGUAUGCUGAGGAUCAAGGGCUUCGCAGGUGUGAUUGUUGGUGACGCGGAUAAGGACGAUAAUCCGAACAAUGGCUUUGACGGCGGCCCAUACUAUAGGCUCUACUUCAACGGCAGUGACAGAGUGGCUUUGGAAUGGGAGGUCCAACAGGCGAUCGAUAAGUUCGAUGGAUUUGCUGAGGAUCUGAUGGUCUUCAUUCCCAAGAGCCAAAUUUAUUAG